AUCACCACCACAUAAUUCUACUUUAGAUACGCAGAUUCCAGAUGUACAGGCCAAGGAUCAAACCCCAAAGCGCAAACGGCAGCGCACAGCCAAUCCCGCAGAUGACCAUGGCGAGUUUAAUGCCGAUUCCCCCAGCCCGAAGCUGAAGAAAGCAAGAAAGGGUAGAAAGACGAAGGAUAACCCGUACGGCCUAACGCCUGGUGAGACGCCGUUCCCAGAAUGGCAGGCACCUAGUGUGGAGCAGUGUGAGGAAGUCUAUCAAUUGCUUGCCAAGAUGCACGAUGAUGUGCGGGCGCAAGCACCUGAGGUGAUACCUGCUCCCUCGUUGGAGGUGGCUGGUUGUGGGGAAGUCCCCUCGGUGUUGGAUGCCCUGAUUAGAACAGUCCUAAGCGGUGCGACUACCUUCGAGAACGCUGAUAAAAUGAUCAAAGGCCUCACUAAGAAAUUUGGCGUUCUCACCGAGGGCAUCGGAGAAGGAAGCAUAGACUGGAACAAUGUCAGAACAUCCCCCAUUGAGGACUUGGUUGGUGCAAUCCGUUGCGGUGGCCUCGGGAAUGCCAAGGCCAAGAGCAUAAAAGGAAUCCUCGACAUGGUGUAUCAGGAGAACAUCGAGCGGCGGGAGGCAUACCUCAGAGAGAAACAGACAGGAGAGCAGGCUGACGUGUUUGCAGCCGCUGAUAAGACCAAGGGUCAGAAGGACCUCGAAAUCUUAAAGACAGACAAGAAUAUCCUCUCCCUUGAUCAUAUCCAUGGCUUGCCGGCCGACGAGGCAAUGCGACAAUUCACCAAGUACCCUGGUGUCGGAGUCAAGACCUCGGCAUGUGUCAUCCUGUUCUGCCUCCAGAGGCCUUGCUUCGCCGUGGAUACGCAUGUCAACAAAUUUUCGAAAUGGCUGGGAUGGGCCCCGGAGAAGGCGACGGAAGACGACGUCUUCAGCCAUCUCGAGGUCCGAUGCCCGGAUCAUCUGAAGUAUGGUCUUCACCAGCUCUUCAUCAGACAUGGCCAGACCUGCGAGAAGUGUAGGAGGAGCACGGCAGAGGGGACAGACUCGUGGAGGAAGCUUGAGGAGUGCCCCCUAGAGAGUCUCCUGAAUCGCUACGACAAGCGACAGUCAAAGGCUAAGCCGAAGCCACCGAAGAAAGCGAAAGGCGAAAAACCGGAGGCCGAGCCAGAUGUCAAAAAGGAGGAGCAAGAAGAUGGUGCGGAUACGACCGGGGCGAAGAAUGGUCCUGCAGAAGAUGGGAUGGAGGCAGGGGACCAGGUCGAGGAGGGCAGCGAGGCUAAGGAAGACGACGAUAUUAAGAAGGAGGGCGAGGCUUAGGAGGAGGAGGGGCUAGGGGGACGACAAUUACGGUUUUGCUGCUGACAUCGCCCAUAUAUCUCCGUGCUGAUUUUUGCAUCCAUAGGUAUCAUGCUGGCGGCGACCUGGCUAGGAUGCGUUACCGGUGGGUGGGUAUGACGCUACUUGGAGGCGGGCAGACGCACCGGACAGACGCACCGGACAGACGCACGGUGCGACGGGCCCCUCCCGAGAAUACAUGUUCCUACUUAUUUGCUACAUAGGCUUGAUAGGAGCAUCACUGAGGCUCGUAAAUAUGAAUUGCGGAUGAUUUCUUCACACUAAGCCGUUACGUGCUUGAGAGCUAGGUAGGUAUACCUGGUAGGUAGCUUGGAGACGCAGGUGGUGUUGAAAAGGGUUUACCU